AUGAGAUCUCGUUGGAUACAAUGCAGAAAUCCGAAUGACGAAGAAUUUGGACAACUGUUGUACGGUCGAUUGGCACUCACACCUCUCGGCCCUCUGCAACAAGUGGUGACCCCGACGCGAUCUAUAGACACAGGCAAACGGCUAGCAGAGAAGAUGACGGAAAACACCGAAUCAGAAAUCGACACAUCAGCCGCCCUGAUACAACUACCGCCAUACAACUCGAUCAACACCAGGAGUUGGUUUAUUCAACUUGAGGCGAUAUUUUCAGCCCGAAAGGUCACACGACAUAACACUAAGUACGCCUCCGUGGUACAAGCCUUACCAGCAUCGAUUGUUGAAGAAGUGGAAGACAUCCUUCUCAAUACUCCGGACCAACUCCCAUACACCUGCCUCAAAGAAGCCAUCCUCAAACGAACUGGACGUUCGGACGAAGACCUCAUCAGAGGCCUAUUCUCUAAUGUGUCUCUCGGCGAUAGAACGCCAUCCCAGCUCCUCCGCCUGAUGAAGAGCCGCCUCGGGAACAACACCAUGGAAGAACCCAUCCUCCGAGGGCUAUGGAUGGAUCGGUUACCACCGAAUAUAACGCAAGUCCUAGCCCUGGUACCAGUAGAAACGCUCCUUGACGUUGUGGCCGAUUCAGCCGACAAAAUAUACUCCCAGGCUCACCAAAAUUUCACCAGGCAGCGAAGCCCAGCACCACGAAAUCGAAGCCGUACCCGCAGCUCAAGUCCAGGACGGAGAAACAGUGCGGACGAACGUUGGUACCACCAAACCUUCGAUGAACAAGCCCGCAAGUGCCACCCUCCCUGCAGACGCAAUAAGACCCAGGGAAAACGAAUAAACCGACAGGCAGCGACGACGAUCCCUGUCGGUACUCGCUCACACAGUCGUCUCUUUUACGUGUGGGACCGUAACAAUGGCCUCAAAUUCCUAGUUGACACUGGCGCAGCCAUCAGCGUGAUACCACCCACCAACAGAUCCGCCUUGAAACCCACCUCAUUCCAACUUCGAGCGGCAAACGGCUCCACCAUAGAAACCUAUGGGACCAAGGAGCUUACCUUAAACAUCAACCUCAGGCGCGACUUCAAGUGGUCAUUCACUGUAGCUGACGUCAAGACACCCUUGCUCGGUGCCGACUUCUUGGCACAUUACAACCUGGCUGUCCAUAUGAAGACGAGGACCCUGUCCGACAACACAACAUCCAUCAAGAUCACAGGGAUCCCUUCGAGUUUCAACACAACUAGGAUUAGCGUGGCAACACAGCACGACCCACGCUACGUAGAAAUCCUGCGCCGGUACAAGCACCUCACGCAACCCAUCAAACCAACUGAUGCAGGCGACCAUCAGACCCAACACCAUAUAAAGACCACAGCAUAUUCACGGCCACGACAGCUCCCUCCACACAAACUAGCAUAUGCCAAGAAAGCGUUUGAGGAGUUGCUGGCCGACAAUAUCAUCCGACCCUCAGACAGCCCAUAUGCUUCACCACUGGAUCUGGUGCCCAAAUCCGACGGGGAUUUCAGGAUCUGCGUGGAUUACCGGAAACUCAAUGCAUCCACAGUGCCCGACCGGUAUCCUCACUCUCUUUACACCAUACCCAACCUCCCUACUGCAAGUCCUUUCACUCAGGAACUUCGCCAUAAAAUGGCCCAACUGAAGUAUACACCACCCAGGCAAUCAUCACCAACUAUCCACGUUCCACAACAGCUUCAGGACUGCGAGUUCAUUUUCGCCCGAAAUGACGCGGUAAAGAAACCACUAACACCAACAUACCAGGGUCCAUUCAAAGUUUUAAAACGCUCUGAGAAGCAUCUCACCAUUGAUCGAGGAAGCCGGACAGACACCAUCUCUAUCGACAGAGUCAAACCAGCUUUUCUGGAAAAAUCUCCACGGGAGACAGAACCCGUCUCAAACACCCAGAACCUUCACCUGCCUCAACAACCACGCAAUCACAACCGUCACAACCGAAGUCAUGGCCAAUCCCAGAAGCACCCACAACUCCAACCAGGUAGACCCGUCUUGGAAGGAAAGUCACCUUCCCUAAAAGUACAAGACAUAUAUUUUCUUCUAAUUGAUAAUGAUCAAUUAUCCUGGGAGAGGGCCUUGUCGGGUGUGUCCAAUCACCACUCCCCUUUUUUCUUAAACAACCCCGGCUAUGCCAGCUGGCUCCACUCCACUCUCUGCCUGCUUGCCUCUGAGACACCAAGCUCCUCCUGCAGCUUCCAGCUCACUCCCGCAGCUUCCAGCACUCUUGCAGCCUCCAGCUCAUUUCAGCAGUCUCCAGCUCACCUCGCACCUGCAGCUUCCAGCUCACUCCUGCAGCUCCCCGAAGUUUUCAGCUCACUCUUGCAGCUGCCAGUAGCCUCCAGCUCACCCCACAACAGCUUCCAGCGGCCUCCAGCUCACUCCUGUGGCGCUUUACCUAUUCCAGCAUCCGCUGACGCCUGA